AUGGCAAAUUAAAACAAUGAUAGUAUUUUAGAUUUUAGAGAUAUCUGUUCCAAACCUAAAAUUGUUAUACAUGAAGGUCUUCUUUGGAAAUAUCUUGAUACUCAAUUCUCUAAACCUCCUGAAUCUUAAUUUAAUCAAGAAACAUCUAAGAUUAGUUAUACUCUUAAAGAAUAUUCUAUACAAGGUAAAAUAUUGAAUAAAGACUAUAAAAAUAUAAGAAAAAUUUAACUAAAACAUGAUAAAUAAUCAUAUUUUGGAUUACAUUUAUGUCUAGCUCAAAUGGGCAAUAAAGAAGUUGCUGUUUUUGAAGUCAAUCCUUCACUUAGAAAAUCUAUUUUAUAAUUAGAAACUGAAAAAGAAUGCCAAGAUAUUCCAAUGAUUACCUUUGUAGAAGCUAAAUAUUAAAAACUUUUAGAUCAACCUUAAAUUUGGAUUCUUGAAAUUCAUGAUAUUGAAGAUAUUGAAGAUAAUGAAAAACUUACAUUAGAAGAAAGAGAACUUAAAAUUAAAAUCUUGAAACCUUAAGCUGCUUAACUCUUUAAAGAAUCCAAAUUUAAAGAAGCUAUACAAAUAUAUAAAAUUCUCUUUUCUAAAAUAGGAUAAAUACCCAAAAUAUAAAAGAAUAAGAUGACUGAAGAAUAAAAGACAUUCUUUAAAAUUGAACUUUCACGAGUCUUUUCUAAUCAAGCUAUUUGUUUUUUAUAAAUAAAUGAUUUUACUAAAGCUAUUGAAACAUCAAAAUAAGCUAUCUAAGUAUGGGAUGAAAAUUUUAAAGGUAUUAAAUUUUUCAUUUUUUUAGCACAUUUUAUAUAUGCAAAAGCACAUUUAGGAACAGGACAAGAAAGUGAAGCUUUUUAAUUAUUCUAAAAAAUUGCUCAAAAAUUUCCAAAUGAAGACUUGACAGAAGUUUAAAAAUAUUUGUAAAAAACUUAGAAAAACAAAACUUCAAAAAAUGAACAAGAAUUUUACAAAAAAAUAUUUGAAAAGUUACCUGAAAAGGAUAAGGAUGAAAAAGAACGAGAAAUAAGAGAUAAAUUUGAAAAAGUUGAAAAGAAUAGAUAAACUGAAAAAAUCCUUGUAUAGGCAAAGAAUGGAUAAUCCAUAAAUCAUGAAUAAAUAUAAAAAUUAUAAUGA